AAAUUACCCAUCAAUAUUCUUGCAAAUUUAACACAAAUUAAAGGGCAUAAUUGUCUUUUCGUACUUUCUCUCUCUAUUUUCUCUCUCAACAAAAUUACAUUGACUGACUGCUGAAAGAAUGAAAAUUUCUUGGACAUGAAAGCCAUGCAAUGGAACCGAACCUAAGCAAUGAACAAUUUUACACAUCUAAACCAACUUGUCUUAACAACACUUUCAAAAUGCAAUAAUCUAAACAAUCUCAAACAACUCCAAUCUUUUCUCACAGUUAUCGGCCACUCCCAGACCCAAUUCUACGCUUUCAAACUUGUCCGUUUUUGCAUCCUUAACCUCUUCAAUCUCAGCUAUGCUCGUUACAUUUUCAACCAUCUCCACCAUCGCAAUAUCUACCUUUUCACCGCCAUGGUUUCCGCCUAUUCCUAUGACCCCGGUCACCAUUUUUCCGCUUUUGAACUAUAUCGCCACAUGGUUCGUCAAGAAUGCCCUAAACCUAACCAUUUUAUCUUUCCCCAUGUGCUCAAGAACUGUCACAAUACUAAAUUAGUCCAUACCCAGAUAGUUAAAUCGGGUUUUAGUCACUACCCAGUUGUUCAAACUGCUCUUGUUGACUCUUACUCGCGGUGUUUAUCGGAUAUCAGUUGUGCCAGACAGGUGUUUGAUGAAAUGUCUGAGAGAAAUGUCGUGUCUUGGACUGCUAUGAUCAAUGGGUAUGCGAAAGUUGGCGAGGUUGGUAAUGCGAUUGCCCUGUUUGAUAAAAUGCCUGAGAGAGAUGUUCCUUCCUGGAAUGCUGUUAUUGCUGGUUGUACACAAAAUGGGUUGUUUAAAGAAGCUAUUUCACUAUUUAGACAUAUGGUACUUGUUGCUCAAACUAAGCCUAAUCAGGUUACUGUAGUGUGUGCUUUAACUGCUUGUGGUCAUACUGGCAUGCUUCAGCUUGGUAAAUGGAUACAUGGUUAUAUGUAUAGAAACUAUCUUGGUUAUGAUUCAUUUUUGUCUAACUCUUUGGUGGAUAUGUAUGGGAAAUGUGGGAGUUUAAGAGAGGCUCAAAUGGUUUUCGAUAUGACUUCCACGAAAAGUUUGACGUCUUGGAAUUCUAUGAUAAAUUGUUUCGCCCUCCAUGGACAUAGCGAGAGAGCCAUAUACAUUUUUGAGGAGAUGACUAAACAUGGAGAUGCGGUAAGGCCGGAUGAGGUUACCUUUGUGGGCUUAUUAAAUGCUUGCACUCAUGGAGGACUCGUUGAAAAAGGUCGUUUCUAUUUUGAUAUGAUGACUCGGGUUUACGGGAUUGAACCUCAGAUUGAGCAUUACGGAUGCUUGAUAGACACUCUUGGUCGUGCUGGAAAGUUCAAAGAAGCGAUGGAGGUAGUGAGGGAAAUGAAGAUUGAGCCAGAUGAAGUUGUAUGGGGUUCUUUACUUAAUGGAUGUAAAGUAUAUGGCAAUGCGGAUUUGGCAGAAUAUGUGAUAAAAAAGCUAAUCGAAAUUGACCCCAGAAAUGGAGGGUAUGGAAUAAUGUUGGCAAAUUUAUACGGCGGAUUAGGGAAGUGGGAUGAGGCUGGGAAGGUGAGAAAAAUGUUGAAAGACGAUAAUGCUUAUAAGACACCAGGUUGUAGUUGGAUAGAGGUUGACAGUGAAGUUUGUCAAUUCUAUUCUGUUGACAAAACACAUCCGAAAUCAGAAGAGAUAUACAAAAUGCUGGAAAAUUUAAUGCUCGUAGUGAUUUAAGGAUUUGAUUAACUCCAAAUUGUGAAUUAUUCAUCAGAAACUCAACUCUUGCUUGUUGCUUCACUACCCUCAACUUGAAAGACUCGGCACACCAUUUGGUUGCAGCAAGAUGGUAGCAAAACAAUGUUAAUCCCAAAUUAUGCACAAUGUAGAUGCAAACAAACUGAGCCAUCUUCUUCUUUCCUUGUUUUGGUGCUAGAAAUACUUCAAUGGAAGGUUGGCAUUGGUUGAUCGGAAGUCACUUCAUUAAAUGAAAUUUAAGAGGUGAUAUGGAGUCUAAUUGUCGUAGAACAGUUGCAUUAUUUUUUAAAUUUAUCAACUUUCAUUAAA